AUGACGAGCCAGCAGUGUUUCCUGCAGAACCCACGAGCCCUGUCCCAGCGUGCGCUGUAUCAUCUCUCCCGCCUCCCCAUCUGCCGGCCUUUCUGGAGCUGCCCUCCUGGUGCCCGCACUGCGGGUUCGGAGAGCACAGAGGUGAGUGCCCCACGCUUCCUUCCAGGGGAGAUCAUCGGAGGCCGAGAGGCCAGGCCUCAUUCCCGCCCCUACAUGGCGUAUCUCCGAAUCCGGGCUCCAAACGGCGGCUCCAGUGCUUGCGGGGGUUUCCUGGUGAGAGAAGACUUUGUGCUGACCGCAGCUCACUGCUGGGGAAGCCGUAUCACCGUGACCCUGGGAGCCCACGACAUUGGGAGGCGGGAACGAGUCCAGCAGCGCACCACUGCGCGCAGGGCCAUCCGACACCCCAGCUACAAUCCCCAGACCAUAACGAACGACAUCAUGCUCCUGCAGCUGGCCAACAGGACGAGGCGCACGCGCCAGGUGAGGCCGGUGCCCCUGCCUCGCGCGCAGGCCACGCUGAGACCCGGGGCCACGUGCACGGUGGCGGGCUGGGGCCUGCUGGGCCUCAACAGGAGGACGAACAAACUCCAUGAGGUGCAGCUGACCGUGCAGAACAAUUCGAGGUGCUCCCGUCGCUUCAGUUUCUUCAACGGCCAAACGCAGAUUUGUGUGGGAAGCCCAAGGGCCCAGAAGUCCGCCUUCUCGGGCGACUCCGGAGGCCCCCUGGUGUGUAACGGCGUGGCCCAGGGCAUUGUCUCCUAUGGAGAUACGAGGGGGACUCCUCCAGCAGUCUUCACCAGGAUUUCGGCCUUCAUGCCCUGGAUAAGGAGAACAAUGAGACGCUUCCCACAGCAGUGCCAGCCCUAG